AUGUACUGCCAAACUCUAGAAUUCCAGUUUCUCGGUACUAAAUCAUCCAGCUUAUCCACGGUCACUCCUCCUUGGAAAAUCAAAGAAGAAAACAACAAAACUCCCAUUAAAAAACCAAACUCAUUCGAAAACCAAAUAGCUCUUAUACAUAAAACCGUUUCUCAAUCUCCGCCAGCUCAAAUAAGCGAACGAAAAGUAACAACAACCUCGGAAAAGGUCAACGUUUUUAAAGUCGCUGACAUUGCGAAGUCUCUCCUUACAAAAAAAGUAGAAAUAUCUUCCGACCCACCAUGCGAUAAUAAUAACGAAGAACAAUCACCAAUACAAUCCGAACCUCCCGCAAAGCGGACUCGGAGAAAAGCAAAUA